AACAAAGAUGGAAGUUUAGGAGGCUGGAGACUGUGAAGCCACUGGCAUCUAACGGAAUACUUGAAGGCUUUAGAAAGAUGGUGUUCUUAUCUGCUCUAUCCAGUACAAAAAGCCAAGUCCUUGUCAAGAAGAGAGAGCUGAAAAAUAAUUCCUGCAAACACAGAACAGUCCCGGAUCUGGUUGCUGUUGCUUGCUAACAGCUGAAAUUUGACCCUCAACCUGGAUUGUAUCCAUGACGACAAAAGGUAUUUAUUACACCUGCUGCUAACACUCUCUGGGAUGAGUGGACUUCGCCCCCUUCAUCAACGAGGAAGCUGGGGGUGGAAGGCAGGCAGGGCAGCCGGGGAAGAACCAGCAUCUGCACCCCAAAACCUUCCAAAUGGCAAAGUUUCUAACCCAGGAUCAGAUCAAUGAAUUCAAGGAGUGUUUUUCCCUGUAUGACAAAAGGCAGAAAGGCAGAAUCAAGGCCAGCGAUCUUAUCGUUGUCAUGCGCAGUUUGGGCACCAGCCCAACUCUGGGAGAGGUGGCCAGGCACCUUCAGCUCCACAAGAUCGAUGUCAACGAAGAACUGGAUUUUUCAACUUUCCUGACCAUGAUGUAUAGGCAAAUGCAGCAGGAAGAUCCAAGGAAUGAAAUCCUUCUGGCCAUGUUAAUGGUAGACCAGCAAAGGACCGGAUUCAUCUCCGUGGCUGAAUUGCAGGCGAAGCUAAUGAACCUUGGAGAGAAGCUAUCCAAGGAAGAGGUGGACCACCUUUUGAAGAAUGUCAGAACAGGACACAACGGACUGGUGAAGUAUGAAGACUUAAUUCAAUCAAUCACACUUCCACUUGAUGAUUAUUGAAUUGCAAAAAAGCAACCCAUCUUCUUCUCGCAGCCUUCAUCGGUUCUUCUUGGAACCUGGGGCCUGACUGCCUUUUUGUCUUAAAAAAUAAACACUUUGUGGCAAACAAAAAGAAAUAUGUUAAACAAUGAAAGAAAAGCAGAAAUGUUAGCUUUUCUGGGUAAAAUCUACUAUGCUUAUUUUCUGUUUGAGUGAAGUUUCUUUGUUGUUGUUUUUUAAAGUAAUCAAAAAGCAGGUGCUCGCAAACUGGAAAUACUUUUCAGUAUCAUGCAAUCCAUAAAGUUUGCUUUUUGUGAGGAAACACAUUGCAAGGAGUCAGAUCAGAUUAACAGAGUUGGAAGGGACCUUGUAGGUCAGCUAGUCCAA